AUGAACGAAAACUCGAGACCUCGUAUUCCAAAUGAAUGGGUAAGAUAUAUGUAUGAAAAACUUGAAAGUGGUGAGUUAACUUACGCAACAGUUUUGAAAAAAGUUCCAUAUUCUUAUCAAAAUGUUACAAUUUUCAAACAAAUUUCAAGAAAUACUCUCAAAAAAGCAUUCAAAGAAAUCGGUGGUACACCAAAAAUUAAAAGUGGUCCUCCACAAGAGGAAUUAACUCCAGAAUUAAUUUUGAAGGUUCAGAAUUCUUAUGAAAAUUACAAAUGUGGGGUUCAAAAAUUGUAUUGGACUCUCAAUAUGAAUCCAAAACAAUUUCAAAUCAGUUACAAUGCAGUUAUUAAGGCAGCAAAAUUUCUGGGAAUUUACAAAGAAAAAGAUAAAAGUAAUCCAAAUGUUUCGUACCGAAAUGGCUCACAAAAAAGUGACAGAAAACCUUAA